AAAAAAGAAAAUAAAAAAGAAAAGAAAAGGAUUACGUAGGUCGGUGACGACGCUCCAGCUCUCGCGCAAUCGCCUCCGGCGAUGGCGACAGUGCAAUCCGACAUUCGCUGUGCUUAUCACAUCGCCUCCUCCACCUUCCGCUCCCUCUCCCCUACUUUUAGGCCCCGCCGAACCACUGCCGUUCCAUGUAAACUGCUCUUCCCCUCCUUCAAAUUGAGAGCCUUCUCCACAUGUGCUGCCGUGAGAGUUCCCGAGAAGCCGUCGAUUUGUACGGCCGACGAGCUUCAUUAUGCCUCUGUACCGAAUUCUGACUGGAGGCUUGCUCUCUGGCGCUAUCGUCCCUCCCCUCAGGCGCCUCCGAGGAAUCAUCCGCUUUUGCUAUUAUCCGGAGUCGGAACUAAUGCUAUUGGUUAUGAUCUUGCCCCUGGGUGUUCUUUUGCGCGGCAUAUGUCUGGUCAGGGGUAUGAUACAUGGAUUCUUGAAGUUCGAGGUGCAGGACUGAGCUUGCAGGAACCAAAUUUGAAAGAAAUUGAGCAUUCAGCUAAAGUUAAAUCAGAAAAAAUGGAAGCAAUCUCUGAGAGCAAAAUUAAUGGAACUGUACAUGUGGAAGAAGAGUCAACAAAAAUUCUUGAUGACCUCUCAAAAUCAGAUACUUGCAUCAAUGGCAUCAAUGGGAAAGAAUCUGACUCUUCUAUGGUUGAGGAAGAAGACUUCAUAGGAAUAGCAACAAUUUGGGAUGAGUCAAGUGUAGUUUCGGAGUUAACAGAAACUUUUAUGCGUUUGUCAGAACGGCUAUCUGGCUUUUUAAGUGAAGGCCAAUCAAGGAUUAUGUCCGCCACACUAUUUGAUCAAAUUUCAAAACUUUUAGUUGAUUCCCAAUUAUCUGAACGUUUUAAUGAGGUAAGGGAAAAGCUUUCAUAUUUGUUGGAAACAGGACAGACCUCAGUCAUUGCUGGCCAGAUUAGGGAUUUGAGUCAAAGGCUUGUAGAAAUUAUUGAAGAAGGUCAACGAUCUGUUUCACCUCCAUUAUUCAAUUUGCAAGAUCGAUUUUCUUCAACGAUUGACGAUUUUCAGAAACAACUUGAUUUAAUAGUAAAAUAUGACUGGGACUUUGAUCAUUACCUGUUGGAGGACGUUCCUGCUGCGAUGGAUUAUAUCAUGGCUAUAAGCAAGCCAAAGGAUGGCAAAUUGCUUGCUAUUGGGCACUCCAUGGGUGGUAUCUUGCUUUAUGCAAGACUUUCUCGUUGUGGUUUUGAAGGAAGAGACCCCAGAUUGGCUGCUAUUGUUACUUUGGCAUCAUCUCUUGACUAUACUUCUUCAAAAUCAGCCUUGAAAAUGCUAUUGCCCCUUGCAGAUCCUGCACAGGCUCUUAAUGUUCCAGUUGUUCCAUUAGGAGCUUUACUAUCAGCUUCAUAUCCUCUUUCAUCUCGUUCUCCUUAUGUCUUAUCAUGGCUAAAUAGUCUUAUUUCCGCAGAAGAUAUGAUGGAUCCUGAAAUGUUAAAAAAGCUCGUCUUGAACAACUUCUGUACGAUUCCCGCUAAACUUAUCUUACAACUCACAACCGCUUUUCGAGAGGGUGGUUUGCGAGACAGAAGUAAUACAUUUUAUUACAAGGACCAUUUACAUAAAUGCCAUGUCCCAGUCUUAGCGCUUGCUGGAGACCAAGAUCUAAUCUGUCCACCUGUAGCUGUAGAAGAAACAGCAAAGCUUAUUCCCGAGCACCUUGUUUCCUAUAAAUGUUUUGGAGAACCGGGAGGUCCGCAUUAUGCACAUUAUGAUUUAGUUGGAGGACGCCUGGCAGCGGAGCAGGUCUAUCCAUGUAUUAUCGAUUUUAUUAGCAAGCAUGAUGCAGUUUGAUUAUCCACAUCUCAAUAAAUUUUGUUUUUGCAUGAUUCAUUCAAAUGUAACACAUCCUAGUCGAUGUUGGUUACCGUUCAUACAUGCCUAGGGAUCGAAAUUUCCUUGCAGAACGUGUAAAUUUUGGUGGAUUGAGAUCAUAUGCAAAGAGGGUUAUGGAGACUUGAGGACUCCUUAUUCGUCCAAGCUUCAUUAACCAACGCUGAAUCAAGAUCUCCUUGUUCUGGUUUCAACGAAAAUUAUACUGGAAAAGGUGAAGAUAAUCAAUAUGUACGAGUUCCGGAUCACACAAUAACAUGAUAUAUAUAUAUAUAUAUAUAUAAAAAUGCUUGAAGAACUUGUACUCUUUUCAGCGUUUACACAUCACUAGAAUUUGUAAAUUACUAUGAUUUUCUUUGAAGGACCCUGAGUUGGUUCAGUAGUCAAAGGAAUACGUUGCAAUUUCAAGUAUCUUUGAGGUAAUUAGCUCAGAACCAAGUGGAGUUUGAUGGGCCGAUUUAGACUAUUAUGAAAUAGACUAGUUUUUUUUUUUUU